AUGCAAUCGACCUCAUCUUUUGAAGAACCGGACUCCGACGAAGAUCGUAAGUAGUUUUCAAUGGUAAAUUUGGUUAAGGGUUUACUUUUUUCAAUAUUUAAGUAAAUAAAAUGAGGAAAAAACUCAUCUAACAACAGCGUAAAUCCCAUUUUUGGUUGAAUCGUCGAUAGGUGACCAAAAUCAGUUGGGAUAUCUGAAAAAAGUAAUGUUGACUAUGUUAAUGAUUUUUCAGAUUCAAGAUCAGCAAAGAGGAGGAAAAAAAUUGAUUUCGGUACUUAUGUCGAAGGGCUAUCUUUCCAAGAAAUGAAAGCCGAAGUUCUGCGAAUGAAUAAGGAAAAUAUGACUCUUCGCAUGCAAAACGUCCAACUCCGCCGUGACAUUAAAGAAGCUCGUAAAGAUUCACUCCAAGUGUUGGAAGCUCAACCAAAACCGCAUCUAACUGAAGACAGUGUUGAACGGCUGGAGAAAAUUUGUGCUUCGCUGCGAAAGCGAAAUCAAGAAUAUGAGGAUCGAUUGAAGCGAGAAAUCGAAGAGCACUCCAUACGAGAGGAACUCUUGAAGAAAUUAUUAGACCAAAAAGAUCUGGAAAUCGAUGAACUCCAAAAACUCAAGCAGUAUAUCGGAAAAAAUCAAAAACUUAGAAAAUUGAAUGAACAGCACAGAAAACAAUCUGUUUAUCUAGUGAAAAAAAGAAAAGAAGAAAUCAAAGUGGAUCCAUCAAAAAAACGCAAAGUGAGAUCCAAAAAUUAUCAUAACACGAAGGGAUUUCAAGCAAAGCUGAACAUUGUUGCCGAAGGAAUUGAGAUUCUCACGGGUAUGGCCGGAGUCAAAGGAUAUCGAAACUUUCUUUUAAGUUUAAUGAAACAAUCAGGAAAAAUUCCUGCAUUGAAUUUCACUCCCAAAUUUUCAGUUGCUCAGGCUAUUUCUGUGCAGACAACCCUGGGUAUGCCAAAGAACAUGCUCGUUAGAUUGAAAAGUUAUUUCCGACGCAUUCUUGGUGUUGAUCCAUUUCCAUCAACGGCUGCUAUGGACGAACUUGCAAAAACUUAUAUGAAAGAAGAAUGGAUGGACGUGAGAUGUGAAAAAAAUGGAGAGGAUGAAAUUGAAAUCACGGAAUUGAGAAAAUUGGCCGAGGUUCUUGCACAAAAGUUAACGGAUUUAUCUAAAGCGAAGAAGCUGAUUUUUGAUCGUUUCACAAAGGGAAAAAAUCAUGUUCGCUAUUCUGGGAGAUAAAGGUUUGAAUUUCAAGUUUUUCGAAAUACAAAAAAAUAUGUUUUUACAGGAGGAAAAACGACUAAACUCGUCGCAGUAAUCGGAAAUGUGCGUGAUGCAAACAGCUGCCACAAUGUUAUUCAUCUCGGAUCAUUCACAGGAGAUGACACAGCAGAAAACAUCAUAAAAUAUUUACCAUCCAUUAUCAAGGAAAUCAACAAUUUGAAACUGAUUCAGUACGAAGAAGACGGAGUUAUGAAAACUCGCGAAGUUGAACAGUUUUUGGCUGGCGACUACAAAUUCCUUUGUUCAAUGCAUGGUCACCGAGGCGCAAAUGCCAAAGAAUUUUGUAUUUUCUGUUAUGAGCAAUAUUCGAAAAAAACAAAGUUGCAAAAAUACAAGAGAUUGAACACCUGGAAAUCUAGAACGUUGUCCAAAUAUGAUGAAGAUCAGAAGUCCGGAAAAAACUCUAUUAAAAUAAACAGCCAACGUGUGUUCAAAUUGGUCACAUUGGACAGAGUUAUUCCACCAUCUCUCCAUAUUAUUAUGGGGUUAAGCCACAAAUAUAUUUUCGACGUACUUCUCAAUUGGGCACUUAAAUGUGAUCUUCAAAAACAGAUCAAUUGCAAAACAACGAGUCAAGCAAAAUCUGCUCUCAGAAAAGUAAGCUAAACAUACCCAAUUCCUAAAUCUUUUAAUUAAAAAUUUACAGUUGCAAAAAGAUCUAUCGUCUAAGAAAAGAAUCAUUGAUGAUUGGUCUAAUGAUGCAGAAACGUUGAAAAAAAUGGACAGUGCCAUGAAAAAUAUUAUUGAUAAAUCAAUUAGUCCCUCUGGCGUAAGAAAAUGCGCCGGAAAUUCUAUGUGUGUUUAUCAGGACAAGGCUAUGGGAAAUAAGAAAAAGGCAAUGUCUUUGAAGUGCCAUGACUGCAACAAAUUAUUUCACGAACAUUGUAUUGGUGUGUGGACGCCGGAAUUACGAAUAGAUCACGAAGACCCGGAUGAAUAUUUAUGUUGUUUUGCUUGUCGAAAAGUAUCGAAAGAACAAUUUAGAGCAACUAUUCAAAGUCAACUCCAAGUGAUCGAAGAUUAUACUACGGGAUUAAAGAAAAAACUGGAAGCUUUAGAAAAAGAAGAAAAAGAAUUAAAUGAUAAUCUCAACACACAAGUUGGAAAACAUCGGCAGCAGUUGGAAAAUGUUUGGAAGAAAUAUGGAGCAGAUAGAAGUACAUGGACACAGACAUUCAGUGGUAAUCAGACUUACCGGUUGUUGAAGAAAGAGGCCAUCGAUGAAAUGUUCGAUAUUUUCUUGAAUAAUCCAAAAGUCGAUCAAAACAGCCUAGAAUAUUUGCGUGUGGCAGCAACAUCUCUUGGUGUGAUCCAACGAUUGUGUACCACCGAAACGUAUGACCAGCACGAUUUGGCGAGGUUGCAAGAAUCUAAAGAGGAGUUUUUCAAAAAUGUUACACUCGGAAGUCCUGAUGAAACACUGACCGUCAAACUGCAUUUGUUAUUGAAUCACGUGGUCCCGUUUGCGAAUCAACAUUCUGUUUGGGGAAGACUAAGUGAGCAAAGUGUGGAGAGUUAUCACGCAUAUUAUAAUAAAUUGUUAAGAAGGUGAGUUCGAUAUGUUGAAAAGCAUAAUUCAUAAUACAUAUUUCCAGAUUCGAAUCAGUCCGAGAUCCAAUUAUUCGUCUUCGGCGGAUUUUCCGAUUCAUCAUGAUUCACAGCAAAGUUAAAGACUCGAAUGAAUUAGAAGAGUUGCUGGAUGAUUAA